AUGAAAAUCGCCGAAGAGGAAGCAGAGAACAUCUCCUUGAGCAUUUUAGAGUCGUCUUCGAGGUCGCUUCUGGACGUGUCGUGGCUGAGCAGUGUGCAGCAGCCGGAGGCCGAGCUGACCGAGCCUGUGUAUCUGCCUGCGUGGCUGGGGAUGGAGGCGCCCAGCGCCUCAGAUAGCGCGAUUCAAAUCCGGGUGGACGGCGCGUACUACGAGUUUCUUAUCGAGAAAUAUCCGGAGACAGAGGAGGCUGUGGCCAGAAUAGAGCAGAGAAUUGCACAAAACAAAAAACCUUCCAGCGGCAGAGGCGAAAAGAAAGAGGCUGGGGGCGGAGGCCCGGCAAGCAGCCUGGACGAGAGCGUAUGCGAAAUGCUGUGCGAAAAUGUGUUUUUUCUGUGGGAGAGAGAGGCGGCGGAGAGAAACAUUUCAAGGCAGAACAUAUAUGUCGUGAAGGAGGCCAUCCGAAACGCGCGCAUGGUCACCCAGCCAGAGAGGUCUAUGCACAUUGCAGAGUGUCUUAUGACAGUGUCCAUGCAGCGCGGGGUGUCUUUUGUGCAUGUGGGGGCAAAAAGCCUUGCUGCCGCUCUUGAGUCGCUCGAGGGCGUGAUUCGGAAAAGCAGGCAGGAGUCUGGGCCUGCUCUGAGGCUUAGGAAAACAAAAAACCCCGAAUCGCUUUUGGAAACCGUCCUGCGGUCGGCUGGAGUCAGCGCCGAUGAGAUAGCGUGUGUGCAGAAGAAGUACAAAAGCCUGGCCGACAUCGCAAGCAUAAGCGCGUCUGCGGACAUAGAGGGAGUAAAGCCCUGCACGCUCAAAAAAAUAUGCAGCCUUUUUCUAUAG